AUGACUACUGUACAUGAUAUGAAUGUGUUCUAUUAUGUCAUUUUGAUCCGUAAUGGUCCUCAAGUCUAUGCUACCCAGCUCAUGUCAACUCACGAUCCCAUGGUCAGAGGCAGCCUCGAUUUCCCAAAUAUGAUCAAACUUAACAACAUUACAUCAAAAUUUGAAGUUAGUUUAGAACUCUAUGAAAUGAAAAUUUGCAAAGAGAAAAGCAAAGAUAAGAAAAAGAAACAAAAGAAAUGCAAGGGGAUGCCAUCUACUCCAGUUUCUAUUUACCCCACUGGCCUGAGUGACAUACAUACAAGCAGCUUCUCACUUACCUGGUCAGUGGUUUUAACAAUGAAAAGUAUUGAUAAAACCAGUUUCACAAUGGAAAGGGUCCCAUAUGAAUCACCUUUGAUUGGUUCAAUCUAUCUUCGUAUGAAAUGCAUGAUGGAGACAAAUAUCAGUGAGAGAGGCUUCUUGACCAUGUUUGAAGAUGUGAGUGGGUUAGGUGCAUGGCACCGACGCUGGUGUGUCCUCAGUGGGAACAAAUUGAAAUAUUGGAAAUAUCCAGAUGAUGAAAACAGAAAGGAUCCCAUUGGUUACAUUGACCUAAAAAGAUGUAUAACUGAAAAAGUGGGACUGAUCUCUAGAGACGUGUGUGCACGACCAAAUACUUUUGAGAUGUGUACGGUAAGGCCACUUCGUCCAGGUGAAGAGGAUACCUUGACUACCCGAAAGCAUACAACAAUGGCAACUGUACGCCACAUGAUGUCUGCAGAUACAAAGGAAGAGAGGAUCUUGUGGUGCAACAAAGUGAAUCAGGCACUAGACAAUAUCCGCUCAUGGCAACCAGAUGCUUUACGACCAGUCAAGAUGAACAAUCAAGCAAUGUGA